AUGGCUUCGCGACUCAAGCUUGAGGUCAAAGCAGGCGCCCGCCGUCGUGGCGAGCGUCCCGCCACUGUCUCUGAAGACCGCAUCUCAUUUGCCGAGGCUACCAUCGGAGAAUGGGAAGUGCUCGCUCAUCAACAACCUAUGGUCCUGUCUACUUCUGCGGCCGAUCGUCCAAGGGGAGCCGCAGAUGCGCACAAUGAUAUGAUGGAGCCGCUCCAUGAGGCAUCUACCCUUCCCCUUCCAAAGGGACCUGACUGCACACUGACUCGCAAAGGUGCUCGCGAGAGUAUGACCAUUGGACGGUCUGAAACGGUCUUGCUCAUGUUCUACAUCGAGGACUUGCUACCCUUCACCUUCCCUUUCUACUGUCCCUCUCUCCUCCAUGGAGGUAAAUCAUGGAUACUGGACAUGUUGAUAAGCUCUCCGGUGGUGCGGCAGGCCGCACUCUGUCAGAGCUCAUACUUUUUUUCUUUAGCGCGAGGAACGGCCGACCACGAAGGGGCAUGGGACACCGUUCUCAAGCAAACCCGGGAUGCCUUUGAGGUGCUGAGACAGUCGCUGCAGGUCAUCGGUGACUCGGACAUUACAGAACAUCUGCAUGGCGCUGUGCGGAUCCUGGCAAGCGUCAUGCAAAUUCAACGUUUUGAGAUUGCCAUCCUGAGCUUCAAUAAUUGCCAGGCACACCUCAAUGCCGCGUUGGCUCUUUUCGAACAGCUUCUUGACAGUGCAGGUGGUGCCGAAGAAGCGGAUCCUAGUUCAAGCUUCAACACUAUUCUCAGCCGUCUGGGUCCGCUCUCGUGGGAUAUACCUGUCCACUGCGCGGAGGUUCCGAGUGCUGAACAGACUGCCUUUCGCUUCUCGUCCACCCUCUUGAUAUUCGAUGACAUUAUUGCCAGCAUGCUUCUCCAGCAACACCCCCGUUUGCACAAAUUCCAUCGAAGCCUCCUCGGCAAUUCUAUAAUCGGCGCCGAGAACCCUGUCAAUCUCGAGGCCGUUAUCGGAUGUCAAAACUGGGUUUUGCUCCAAAUGGGGGAGAUUGCCGUGCUUGACGCAUGGAAGAGUCAAUGCCAAACGACCGCGACCCUUGAUGUCAUGGAGCUCGUGCAGCGCGCCAAAUUCAUCAAGGCUUCCCUGGAGACUUGUCUCAAGCUGUCCGAAACCAGUCCCGGCGUCACUCCGAAAGAGACCAGCAGUCUGUUGAAUGUCUUCACAGCAAACUACUGCGAGCAGACAAGAGCACGUACCAGUCAAAUACCGUUGGUCACCCGUGUCUGGGCCCAUGCGGCGCUUGUGUACUUGUUCGUAGUUGUAUCCGGCUGGCAGCCCGCAAGUAUCGAUGUACGCUAUCACGUUGAUCAAAUCCUGCAGCUCUUGACCCAUCAAAUAUCAACGCCGGCGUUGUUGCGCACAGUGGUCUGGCCGUUCUGCGUAGCAGGAUGCCUCGCCGAGCCAGCGCAGGAAGUCCGUUUCCGUGACUUGGUGCAGGCAUUGCAGCCGCCAAGUAUCUUCGGCACCGUACGCAAGGCCCUUGACAUCAUGGAGAAUGUAUGGCGCAACAGGAAUGCACCAGACGUUGCGAGCCGUGACCUUGCUGCAUGUUUCAGAAGCCAAGGUGAUCUGGUGCUACUUGUCUAG